CGGUGGGAGGGGGCUGGCCGCGGGCCGUGGCGCGGCGGGCGCAGAGCGCGGCGGACACCGCUCCGCUCCGGGCCGGGCCGAGCCGAGCCGGGCCGGGCGCUCCAUGAGCCGCCGCGGGGGCGGUGGGCGCUGCGUUCGCUCCCCGCCGCGGAGCCGCCGCGCCGCCGGAGCCGGGAUGUGACUUGCGGAGGGCUGGCGGACAGAGCUGCCCCGCCGCCCUCGGCCGCAGCGGACAGCGGACAGAAAAAUGAAAACCUACCCAGCCAUUGGUUUCUUCCUCCUGCUGGUGAUCAGCUAUGGCUCCUCAGAGAACUCCAGCACGCCCCGGGGCUGCGGGCUGGAUCUCCUGCCCCAGUACGUGUACCUGUGUGACCUGGAUGCCAUCUGGGGCAUCGUUCUGGAGGCAGUGGCGGGGGCAGGCGUGCUGACCACGCUGCUGCUGAUGCUGAUUUUGCUGGUGAGGCUGCCCUUCAUCAAGGACAAAGAGAAGAAGAGCCCCCUGGGAAUGCACUUCCUCUUUCUCUUCGGGACUCUGGGACUGUUUGGGCUGACGUUUGCUUUCAUCAUCCAGGAAGAUGAAAUGGUGUGCUCUACCCGAAGGUUUCUCUGGGGAGUUAUCUUUGCUUUGUGCUUCUCCUGCUUGCUAGCCCAAGCCUGGAGACUUGGCAGGCUCGUUCGCCACGGGAAGAGCCCGUCUGGCUGGCACCUGGCCGGGGUGGCCACGUGCCUGAUGCUGGUGCAGGUCAUCAUCGCGACCGAGUGGCUGAUCCUGACGGUUGUCAGAGACAACAAGCUGGCCUGCAGCUACGAACCCAUGGAUUUUGUCAUGGCUUCCAUUUACGUCAUGUUCCUGAUGGUCUUUACCAUGGGAUUUUCGUUCUUCACUCUCUGUGGGAAGUUCAAGAAGUGGAAGAAAAACGGAGUAUGCCUCAUUAUAACCCUUUUCUUUUCCAUUCUGAUUUGGGUAGCCUGGAUGACUAUGUACCUCUUCGGUAACGCCGAGCUCCACAGAAGAGACAAAUGGAGUGAUCCCACUCUGGCCAUUGCACUGGUCUCCAGUGGCUGGGUGUUUGUUAUUUUCCAUGCCAUCCCAGAGGUCCACUGUACCAUCCUUCCAUCGCAGCAGGAAAACACACCCAAUUAUUUUGAUACUUCACAGCCGAGGAUGCGUGAAACCGCUUUUGAGGAAGAUAUACAGCUUCCUCGGAGCUACAUGGAAAAUAAGGCCUUUUCAAUGGAUGAACAUAAUGCAGCGCUCAGGACGGCGGGAUUUCGGAACGGCAGCCUGGGGAGCCGGCCCAGUGCUCCUUUCAGAAGCAAUGUGUAUCAGCCAACUGAGAUGGCAGUUGUGCUAAAUGGUGGGACUAUACCAACUGCUCCGCCAAGUUACACUGGACGACACCUCUGGUGAAAGGCUGUAGGCUGUAGAGAAUAAGAAUCCUUGUUGCAGAUGUUGUUCCCUGGCAGUGUGUCUUUGAGGGAAGGAAUCCAUAACAGUACCAGAACAAAGCAACAAAACAUCCAGGAUCUUUCUAAAUCCUGCAGAGGAUUUUGCCUAAAUGUGAACAACAUUGAAUGGAGAAUUGCAAAAACAAAAUUGUAAAACUGAAGCUGAAUCUAAUUUAAAACAGAAGUAGGCACACCUUAAAUUGGCAGAGGAGAUGUAUUCUGAAGUGUAAGAUAUUCUCUUGUCUGUAACUUGUGUGCUAGACAAGCCUGGUUUUGGUGGUUGCCAGUUGCUUGCAAAAUACCUUCCUCUCACCUAAACUUAACUCGUGUUGCCACAAGAGAUUGCCACUACAGCGCGAAAACACGCGGGAUUUCUUUCCAUUUUCCUCCUUUUCCUGUCAUUUCCAACGUCAUGAGAAAUCCCUGGUUUGCUCCCUCCCUAGCUGUGCUGUGCAGUCACAGCACCGUGUGUAGGCAGACUCGGUCCCUGUGGCUCUGUGGCUCUGCAGGCUGAUGCUCUGCUCUCAGGAGCUCUGCAGGCUGAUGCUCUGCUCUCUCAGGAGCUCUGCAGGCUGAUGCUCUGCUCUUUGGGAAGCUCUGCUCUCUCAGGAGCUCUGCAGGCUGAUGCUCUGCUCUUUGGGAAGCUCUGCUCUCUCAGGAGCUCUGCAGGCUGAUGCUCUGCUCUUUGGGAAGCUCUGCUCUCUCAGGAGCUCUUUGGGAAGCUCUGCUCUCUCAGGAGCUCUGCAGGCUGAUGCUCUGCUCUUUGGGAAGCUCUGCUCUCUCAGGAGCUCUGCAGGCUGAUGCUCUGCUCUUUGGGAAGCUCUGCUCUCUCAGGAGCUCUUUGGGAAGCUCUGCUCUCUCAGGAGCUCUGCAGGCUGAUGCUCUGCUCUUUGGGAAGCUCUGCUCUAAGGAGCUCUUUGGGAAGCUCUGCUCUCUCAGGAGCUCUGCAGGCUGAUGCUCUGCUCUCUCAGGAGCUCUGCUCGUUAGCAGCUGGCCCGGGAGGGGCAGUUCCGGAGCCCUGUGCACGUUUCGUGCGCCUUGCGGAGCCUGUCGGGGCGCGGGCGGCUCUCCCGGCCCGAGGGGUGCGUUCCCAGCCCCGCAGCCGUUCCCGGAGCGCUGCUGUGGCCGGGGCCGUGCGAGCCCCGAGCCCCGCUCCCCUCGACUGCGGGUGUUCGUGCGUUAAAUGUGGUUGUGCAUUUUAGUGCCUAGAGAGUAGAAUCUCUGUGCUGGAGGUGGUUUGUUGUUGUUUUUGUUUAUUUAAGGUGGUUUCUUCCCUAGUCCUCCCCAUCCAUUUUCUUGAGUUGAUACAAGGCAGAGUUUUCAAAGCUUUUCAUCUUCGUUUUCUCCAGGUUAUUUAAACGGUUCCCAUUGCCCAUUUGUUGUGCCAUGGUUUUUCAUUAUGUUCAAGCAAUCAUUCCUUUCUUUAACAUUUAAUACAUAUCGGACAUUGAAAACAUCACUGUAUCCUCACUGUUUGGCCAAUGUUAAUCUUAGCUUUCCUCAAUACUAAAAGCUAAUUGUUUUUACUUGAAGGCAUAGGAAACAUAUAACAAUUAAACUUUGCAUAUGCUGUAAUAAAAAUAUAUAUUUUCAAACUAAAAAAAAAAAAGUACAAAUAACUGGAUAGCUUAGUAGCUUCACAGAGAGAAGUUACUUGCUGUAUACUGCAGAAGAAAGACAAGCUUUUUAUUUUUCAAGAGUCUUCCUGAUUCCUCAUGUACCUCCAUUUCUACUGAAUUAGGAGCCUAGUCCUGCAGACUGGUAGUCCCAUCAACACCAGUAGGUCUGCAUAAGGUACAGAGGCUGCAAGACCAGUCCCUGAGUGUUGCACACAGAUAUAUGUAUAUAUAUAUAUGGAAAAAUAUCUAUUGCCAUUCUUGCCAUGAUCAUCUUAUGGGGUUUUAUUUCAAAGCCCCUCUCCUCCAGAAGCAAUGUUUUUCUGUCAUGCAUGAGUGAAGGAGUAUGUCAGCUCCCCCCUGCCCUCCCCUCCUCGAGGCAAAGGAAGCAUGUGCUUGUUUUAGGGAUCCUUUAUUUCAUUUUGUACGUAACUAGAUGGCCUUAGUAACCAAGUAGGGUAGGGGUGGAUAUUGCAUGCUGUCCAGUGACUUAGAAAUACAUUUUGCUUGUUAUGAGCAGAGCUUUGAUCAAAUAAGAGAAUAUUUAAGAUAAUGAUUGCCACCCAGAAGACAUGUAAUUUGGAACAAUAAAAAAACUAUUACCAUCACUUGCCUGCAGAAUUUUGCUUUUAAAAAUCAGUUAGAAAAAAAUCCCUCAUAAAACUCUUAUCAUAGAAACAUAUAAGAUGACCAUGGCAUAAAUGGUAGGACAGGUUUCUUUUUAAAAGUUUAUCAUGCUACAACCAAGACUUAUGAAUUAUAAUACAUAUUUUACAGACCUUUGACAAAAACUAUACAAGACAUAGUUAUCUUAGGAAAUUUUCUUUCUCUUUUUCUAGAUGUGACUGAAUUGAUAAAUAGAGUUCCCAAUCCUGCUUCUGAUGAAGUUGUUUGGGAUUUCAGGGCUUAUACAAAGAUAUGGCCAUAUCUUACAAACUGCAAUUCACAUGACUAGUCUCACUGGGUUAGUCAUGUGGACUAUUCACUGAAUAGAAAAUUAGCAGGAUUGGGUUUAAUGUGUGGUGGUGAAAGUGUGGCAAUAGAUUUAGGAGGGUCUUUAUUUUCCAACUUUUUACAAUUAGUAAUGAGAAACUUUUUUUUUGUAAGUCAUUAGUCUGUGAUGUAAAAUGCCCCAAAAUAAAACUGUAAUUGAAGAAAGGCACCUUUAUGUUAACUUAUAUUUUUGUUACAGUAUUUACUUUUGCCUUUUUUGAAAGUUUUCUAGAAUGUAGAGCAUCUGUGAACAACAUGAAUAAGUAACUAAGCACAAGCCUUUCACAGUUCUCCUGAUUAUAAUUAGCUUUUAUACUAUAAAAGCUACUAUGUUGUCCCUUGAAGGUAAUAUGCUUAUGGUGUUUCCAUGCAGAAAAAUGAAAUCAAAAAGCAUCUGACAAAAGUAUCUAUUAGCAAAACAAGAUUUAAAAUGACCAGCUUUUGAUCAAUGGCAGGAAAAGAGUUCAAAGUCCUACAGAUCCUGUCCAGCUUUCAGAUGGGUUGAGGGUGUUUGACACUUGCCAGAAAAUAUGUAGCAUUUUCAGAAGAACACUCUCAAUACAUCCAGCUUCUUCUAUAAACAAGGUACAUGAAAUACUAUGGAAUUAGCUGUUUCUGCUUUUAGUGUAAACACAGGCAUCUUGGUUGGCUUCGUUUGAGCUCGAUGCCUUGGGUCUAACCAAAGGCCACACAAAAGGGAGCAUUGUAGCUUUUAUAACAAAACAAUUGGAUUAUUCUACCAACUUACAGGAUUACAAAGCAGGUGCUUUUUAUUAAUUGAUGAGAGCUGAAGCUCGUUUUUGAUAGAUGAUAUAUAUUUAUUAAAUGUAUUAACGUGUGUUUUAUAACGUACCCUUUUUUCCGCUGACUGUUGCAUACUGGUAUCUUACUGAGUACAUCUUUAAAGGAUUUUCAAGACAAUCAAUGUGUACCAUGAUGACUGUACAUAAGUAUACGAAACUACAAAGGUUGUAAAGCAUGGGCAAAUGUUUUAUUUUCAAAAUGCUGUUCUUAACGAGAAUAAAAGCUUUACUAUUUACUUACAA